GGGAAACUUUGACACUGGACAGUUUAUUGCAGUGCAGAAUUAGUCGGUUAUUUCAGAGGCUGUAUAUGCCUAAUUAGCAGAUGACUUUUUGUUAUACUGGGUGAGACAGCGCGCUGUCAUCGCCGCACUCCGCAGUGCCUAUUCCAAUAACGACAAAAACCAAACCUUCUCUUAUAUCUUGCGCUGCCGCGACGUUUUGAUUAUUAUCGUCAUGACGGGAGCUUGCAUAAUUCAGGUGUUGAGGUGGAUGCAGGUGUGGGUGUUGCUUGCAUCUGACUUCUUGGCGCAUGCAACCGCGUCGCAGCUCCAAGUUCAGUCUAAUGAUAAUCAAUUUCUGAUAUGUCAUGCGCCGAGUUUUUAUGAUGUGAUUUUUCCGAUUUGUUCUAUAUACGAUGAGAGUGGUCGAGGGUCUGAUUACGUUUCGAUUGUUCCUACCGAGCCAUCUGCGACAACUACUUCGACGACGGGGGCAGCGCAGUCAUCGCCACCGCCAGUACAAGACACCGAUGUUAAUGAACUUGACGCCGACUCAGCUCUUGAUACUGCGGAUUUCCUCUCAUUCGAAGACUGGAAGAAGCGGAACCUCGCCAAAAUUGGACAGUCUGCUGACAACGUCGGCGGCAAGCGACAGGGUGGCGACAUCGGCCAGGAACGUCGGACACAGGCUAGAGCCAUUAAUAACGCUCUAGAUGCGCUUGGAGAUGAUGCAGAGAUUGAAUUGAAUUUUGAUGGAUUUGGUUCCGAAUCUGCGCAGGCCACACCUUGGGAAAGUGGAAGUGGGAAUGAGAAAGUGAAUAGCGAUGGAGAAACCAGCGUCGAUAACGAUUCUGCCGACGGUGUCUCCGCGGUGGGUCGGCGAAAGGACGCUGGCACGACGUGCAAAGAACGGUUCAACUAUGCAUCUUUUGAUUGUGCUGCCACAGUACUCAAAACAAAUCCGGAAUGUUCUGGGUCAUCCUCUAUCCUUAUUGAAAAUAAGGAUAGCUACAUGCUGAAUGAAUGUCGCGCAAAGAAUAAAUUUCUGAUCCUUGAGUUAUGUGACGACAUUCUCGUCGACACAAUCGUUCUUGCCAAUUACGAAUUCUUCAGCUCUAUCUUUCGCACAUUUAGAGUCAGUGUCUCUGAUCGAUAUCCCGUCAAAGCAGAUAAAUGGAAGGAACUUGGAAUAUUUGAAGCCAAGAAUACUCGAGCGGUCCAGGCUUUUGCGGUGGAGAAUCCGUUGAUCUGGGCUCGUUAUGUGAAGAUUGAAUUCCUCACGCAUUAUGGGAAUGAAUUUUACUGUCCUUUGAGUCUUGUUCGAGUGCAUGGUACCACUAUGCUGGAGGAGUAUAAAAACGAAGGGGAUGCAAGCCGUUCUGACGAAGAGGUUAUGGAAACCGCUGAAGAGGUUGGAAGGCCAGUAGAGGAUGAGCAGGAGAUAUCUGUGCAGGGGCAGGGGGCAUUGGAUAACUCUACCGUACCCAUAUCGAAUCCAAUCUUGGACAUUUGGGAAAGCACUAGUCCAUUGAAUGGUAGUGUGUUAGAGAUGGCGGCUUUGGAAUUUUCGACGUUGAAGACAGCUACAUGUGCUGCGGACUAUUCCGCCAUCGAGACGCCUGACACACUGAAUCAGACUGCUGUAGCUGCUUCAACUGGAAGUGCAAAUAUCACCAUUGUUACGCCUUCCGACUCGAAGGCAUCUCCAGAACAAACGAUCAAUGGUGACAUGAACAUGGCUUCACGAGUCGGAAGCCAAAACGCUACCACCCGUGGAUCAGCUCAAGAUUCCUCAACAGUCAGAACAUCGGUUGCAUCCGGGGAGGACUCUACCUCUGCAGUAGAGCCUACAAAAGUAAUACCUUCAUCCCCGCCGUCGCCCAAUCCUACUACGCAGGAGUCAUUCUUCAAGUCGGUCAACAAACGACUACAGAUGUUGGAAUCCAACUCGACGUUGUCAUUACUCUAUAUCGAAGAACAAUCGCGGAUGCUCAGGGAUGCCUUUAGCAAAGUGGAAAAGCGACAGAUGGCUAAAAUGAAUACAUUUCUCGAAGACUUAAAUAACACGGUCAUUGAUGAGAUUAGAAACCUUCACAUGGUCUACCAGUCUCUUCGUACAAUUGUUCUCGAUGACUUUGAGCAUCAGCAACGAGAGGUCUCUACAGCUGCCUCUCAGCUCGCGAUUCUUACGAACGAACUCGUGUUUCAGAAACGCAUGACGGCGUUAUCUAGUGUCUUGAUCAUGAUCCUGUUUGCUCUGAUUCUUUUCCCGCGUGGGUCAGGGAUUGUAGGUGGCAUAGAUUUUCAAAGCAUGAUUACAUGGUCUCCGCGUCCGAAGAUGUCCAGGUCCUCGAGGAUACCUAGCACUGGGCCGUCCAGUCCUAGUCUUGAGUCAGAGACUCAAACACCACCUACUGUCAACCCUUCGAAAAAGAAAGCGCACCGACGACAGUGUUCGAACGCGCUUCGUCACGAGUCAAUCAAGGAUCUACGCGAAUGCGCAAACUCACUGGCGCAUUCGUCUGAAGAAGACCUCCAAUUCAGUGGAUACGAAGACAACGGCCGUUUUCGCUCCAUGUCUGAUUUCUCCGAUUCGGAUAUUAGUAAGAUUCCUUAUACACCGUUCUCGUCGGAUAUUCAACAUAUGCUCGGUUACGACGCUGUACGUAUGCGACCACAGAUCAAUGUGGUGCCAGAUACGACGGCAUCGUCGCCUAGUCCUUCGCCUUUACCAAGUGUACCCCAGGACCGACCCGUUAGCAGUCCGCCAGUGCUGAAAGCUGCUCCUAGCGUUGACCAUCCCACGAACGGUGACCAUGUUGAUGACAUACAGCGAGACGACAGCGAUGCAGAAAGUGAUACAUCGACAGAACCUUUUCCGCCAUUUCCUACAGAUUAAUCCGAAUCUAUGAAACGAAAUUACGUACCUAUGAACCUAUUCGAAUUCUUCUACACGACAACUCUUGACGAUUUCAAUGAUACUUAGACCUCAUCUCUACCUUUUACCUACGACCUACAACCACCUAUGACCGCCUAUUUUUUAAUAUUGCUUCAAGCAUGAUCGAGACAAAGUCCGAUCAUACUGUAUCUUUACAUUUAAUAUUGUGACACGAUCCGCAUUGGGUGGUUUGCGCGUGUAUACGCAUUUUGAUGACAACAGCGACAGCACAAAAAGCAAGCAUGGCGUUAGUUAGCGAUUGUUUUGAUGUUUAUCAGUACUACCUAUGCAUUUAUACCCCUGUAUUUUAUGAGCGACAAUUC